UGGUUUAGUUUUAGCUGCGCCGGCGCAGCGUUUAGUUCGUAUUUAGUUAUGAAAAUCUUGUAAACUGGUUUUUAAGAUGGGGAAGCUAGCAGUUUUUGUAGUCUUGGUUGCUAUCAUAGGUACAGCCACAUGGUUUGCUCUGCCAUCUAUCUUACCAGCAUCUCCUCCAAAACUUGAUCCCAAUGAAUGGUGGGGACCUAGUGAUUUGAAGGGAAAAGUGGACGCCAGCAUCAAACCAUUUCAAGUCAAAUUUACUGAUGAGAUGAUAAGAGACCUCAAGACACGCUUACAAAAACACAAGAAUUUUGUACCGCCCUUAGAAGAUGUUGGUUUUGAAUAUGGCUUCAACACGAAACAAAUGGACGCGUGGAUCAAAUACUGGUCUGACGAAUACAAAUUUGCAGAAAGAGAGAAGUUCUUUAAUCAGUUCCCUCAAUAUAAGACCAACAUACAAGGUCUGGACAUACAUUUCAUCAGAGUUAAGCCCCAGGUUAAACCCGGUGUCACUGUUGUUCCUAUUCUCCUCAUGCACGGCUGGCCAGGUUCAGUGAGAGAAUUCUACGAAGCCAUACCUUUACUCACUAAACAGGCUUCUGGAUACGACUUUGCCUUUGAAGUAGUCGUUCCAAGCUUGCCGGGCUAUGGUUUUUCUGAUGCUGCAGUACGCCCAGGUCUCGGCGUUACACAAGUAGCAGUAAUAUUCAAGAAUCUAAUGAAUAGACUGGGGCACAAGAAGUUUUACAUCCAAGGAGGCGACUGGGGCUCGGUCAUCGGUAGCAGCAUGGCUACCUUGUUCCAGAAUGAAGUAUUAGGAUUUCAUUCCAAUAUGUUAUUUGUACAGAACAACUGUUCAACUUUAAGAACCAUACUCGGCGCUCUCUUCCCGUCACUCAUAGUCGAACCGCACCUGGCCGACAGAAUGUAUCCUCUGUCGAAAUACUUCGCUUACCUAAUGGAAGAAUUUGGAUACUUUCAUAUACAAGCCACUAAACCCGAUACCGUUGGUGUAGCCUUAUCGGAUUCUCCUUCUGGUCUUCUGUCUUACAUCUUGGAGAAGUUUUCAACAUGGACUAACUUCGACAAUCGCGCCUUACCUGAUGGAGGAUUGUCCUCUCGCUUCAGCAAGGACCAACUCCUAGACAACCUCAUGGUCUACUGGUCGACCAACUCCAUAACAACUUCUAUGAGACUCUACGCUGAAACUAUGAGCAAUAAAAACCGAGCCUUGGGCAUAGAUACAUUAUCCACAUCAGUACCAACGUGGGCGCUUCAAGGUAAGAACGAACUGUUCUACCAACCACCCAAUAUCCUGAAGACAAAGUAUCCCAACCUUCAGGGCGUCACAGUACUAGACGAAGGGGGACAUUUCAUAGCAUUUGAACUGCCGCAAGUUUUCGCUGAUGAUGUCUUCAAAUCUGUCAAAAUCUUCAGAGAGUGGCACAAGACAAAGACUGAACUGUGAAGUUAUUUAGUUUGUUUAAAUAUAUUUUAUAUUGUUGAGGUUGAUAGGUUUGGUUUUUGAAGUUAUUGUCAGUUAAAUCAUUAAAAUUGUUGUAUUUUAAGAUAUAUUUUUUAAAAAAGUUUUGUAUAAUAUAAGCCUAAUCAAAUA